AUGGGGAAAGAUUAUUACAAAACUCUCGGUAUACCGAGAGGAUCUACGGAUGAAGAUAUAAAAAAGGCCUAUCGAAAACUAGCGCUAAAAUAUCAUCCGGACAAAAACAAAUCACCUGGCGCAGAGGAAAAGUUUAAAGAAGUUGCGGAAGCGUAUGAAGUGUUGUCGGACAAGAAGAAGCGAGAAAUGUAUGACAAGUUUGGCGAGGAAGGAUUAAAAGGACGAGCUUCAAACGGCACGUCAAACUCCUCACAGAAUUUUACUUACGAAUUCCACGGAGAUCCCAGAGCAACAUUUGCACAAUUUUUCGGCUCAAACAACCCAUUCGGAUCGUUUUUCGAUAUGCACAACGAUAGUUUAUUCAAUAGCAGUAUUUUCAACGAUGACGAUUUCUUCACACCCUUCAGUGGUUUGGGUAAUCGGCACGGUCUAGGUGGAGCCUUCAGGUCACACUCAUUCAACGUCCACUCGCCGCUUAAAAAAGAGAAAAUUCAGGAUCCCCCGAUUGAGCACGAUCUGUACGUUACGCUAGAAGAGAUCUAUCAUGGCUGUGUGAAGAAGAUGAAGAUUUCGCGCCGUGUUCUACAACCAGACAGUACAUCGAAAAAAGAGGACAAAUGCGUGACCAUAUCCAUAAAGCCUGGAUGGAAGUCUGGUACGAAAGUUACCUUCCAGAAGGAGGGUGACCAAACAAAGGGAAAAAUACCUGCUGACAUUGUAUUUAUCGUUCGCGAUAAACCCCACGUAUGGUUUCGACGCGAAGGAAGUGAUCUUCGAUAUACUGCUCGAUUGACGUUAAAACAGGCUCUCUGUGGUGUAAUUUUUGAGGUACCCACUAUGACAGGAGAAAAGCUGCGUAUCAGUACAAAACAGGAAAUCAUUAAACCUAAUACGGUAAAGCGCAUCCAAGGCUACGGGCUACCGUUUCCGAAGGAGCCGUCGCGAAAAGGCGAUCUGCUCGUGGCGUUCGAUAUUAAGUUUCCCGAUAAGCUUAGUACUUCGGAAAAGGAAAUGCUUAACAAUAUGCUUCCCAAUUCGUAG